ACAUUUUAGCACUCUUAUAUUUCAAAAGGAAUUAAAGUAAAGUAGAAAACAAAAAAUAAGAAAUAAGAUAGAUAGUCAAAAAUGUAAAACAUUUAAAUUAUAAAUCAAGAGAAUUAGCAUUAGCAACCAAUUUAUUUAGCUCAAAAUUACAGAUAAUCAGAAUCUUCAAAGUAUAGAGGGAGUAAUAGUAUUCACGACUUCCAUUUUUCAAAAUAAGAAAUUAGGGGUGAUGAUCAUGAAAUAGAAUCGAUUAUAUGUUAGGCAUACUAACGCAAACAAGAAUCUAUGUAGAAUCAACCAAUACAAUAGUAGCACUUUUAUUAAAGUAGUCCUGGAACUUAUGCAAAUAAGCAAGCUUAGAAUUCAAAUUAUAUGUUUUCAGCAAGAGUUAAUGACAUCAAUUCGAAUCAUAAAAUUAACCCUUGGGAAUCAUAGGGCAGUUUAGACGGCGGUUAACAAAUCAAUUUAGACGAUUUCGUUGAUCCUGAAGAAGUUCCAUAAUAUGAUUAAGGGCACAUUCAAAAUAUAGCUUUGAAAUAAAAAACUUAAAAAACAUUCAAUGACUUUUCAUCAGUAGGAGCUCAUUCAGGAAACAAACUAUAUCACGAGCCAGUAGUCAAAAAAAUAGUUUACACUGGAAAUACUGCUUCUCUUAAAAGAGUGGACAAAAUUUAAGAAAAAGUACAAAGUAUCUUAAAUCACAAAAGAGAGAGAAGUGAUCAUUUAGAGAUCAAAUUAUUACAAAACAAACAGAAAAUUGUCAAUUCAUAUUGCACUACAAUAUCCUCAAGCAGCCAAAUCGAACAGACACCACAUAGAAGAAAUGAUUCUAAACAUAAAACUUAUUAAAUUAAUGAAAACAUAAUUACUAUCACUAGUUAGAAUAAUAAAUCCUCUUCUGAAAAGAAAAAUACUCUCCUUGGUAAGAAGUAGCACGAAUAUAUCGCUUCUAUUAAAUAUGCUUAAGAGCCUAAAGAAGUAACUGUUGAUUUGUCAUCUGACAAAAAUGGAAAGCUGAAACCUUUUACAAAUUAAAACAAAAUCAAGAAUAUAAAUGCUAACCUGUAUCCAAAAAGAAGCAACAGUGCUAGUAAUAGAGAUAAUAAUAUUUAAUUUAACAACAAUGCAUAUGACUCAAACUAAAAUAAUUUCGGGAACGUAAAUAAUUACACUACGAAUCCCAGAUAGUUUCAAACUCCUGUUAAAAAACUGAUAAACAUACAGAGUAAAAAUUAAAAUGAGGAAUUAAGCACAGAAAAAAAAGUUCGUGAGAAAAGUGUUAACAAUUAAGAAACACCUUAAAUUAACCUAAAGACUCCUGUUAAAACAGAAGACACUGUGCUUAAAUAAAAAAAUAUUAACAUGCAAUAACAGUAGCAAUAGAACAAAAUUCAGAGUUUGAUUAACAGUCCAUUCUAAAAUAACAAGUUAAGCACAAAAUAAGAGGAUAAUCAAAAUAAUUUCAUCAAUAGCAUGAAAAAUAAUUUUAAGAAAGCUCAAAAUGAGCAACAAACUUAUGAAUAUGAAAAGGCAUAACCACAAUAUAGACCUUACACAGCAAAUACUCCUGCUAAGAAAAAUUUGAUAAAUUAAAAUGCUACAGCAUAAAACUUUAACAUUCAAUUACCUUAAGCACGCCAUAUGGCUCCUGAUAGCGCUGGAAUUCAGUCACCUCAUGGAAAUAAUAACAAUCAUAACACUUUCAGCUAGUAGAAUAGCUGCUAAUAAAACGACCUCUUUGAUACCAACGUAAAUAUUCAGCAAUUCAGAUUAGAAGGCGAGCUUGGAAAAGGUGCUUAUGCAACUGUAAAGCUUGCUGUAGAUAAGAACAGCGGAGAAACGUAUGCUCUUAAGAUAUAUCAAAAAUUUACUUUAACUGACCCAAAUAAGAUGAGAAAUGUAAAGAGAGAAAUUUCUAUCUUGAAAAGAUUAUCUCAUCCUAAUAUUAUCAAAAUGCCUUAUGCCUUCUAAGACAAGAAUACCAUUGUUUUAGUCAUGGAGUGUCUGUCUAAGCUAUCACUGCAUAGUUACCUCAAAAAGAGAGUAGAUAGACGAGUAUCGGAGUCAGAAGCAAAGAUAAUGUUUCAUUAGUUGGUCAGUGGUAUAGAUUAUUGCCACAUGAGAAACAUUGAACAUAGAGAUAUCAAGCUCGAAAACAUUCUCGUAGAUGAGUAAAACAAAAACAUAAAGAUCAUUGAUUUUGGCUUCAGUAUUUGCUCUGCUGUUAAGCUAAAGAUAUUCUGUGGAACUCCAACUUAUAUGGCACCAGAAAUAGUUUCUAAGGUAGACUAUUGUGGUAAAAAAGCAGAUAUAUGGGCUCUUGGCAUUGUUUUAUAUGUAUUACUAUGUGGCAAAUUCCCUUUUAGAGGUAUGUCAGACAAUGAAUUAUUUAAAAAGAUCAGAAACUGCGUUUAUGAUCCACCUAAUCACGUGAGCGAAAAGUGUCUUAACCUCUUAAAGAAACUCCUAAAAUUCAAUCCAUCUGAUAGACCUGACUGCUAUGAAAUAUUACAAGACUCCUGGUUUUAUUCUGGUUGA